AUGGCAGCGAAGCAAGGCGCGACGGCGUUCUCGAAAUACACUGUCCAGCCAAAAGGUCUCUAUGCUGCCAUCAACAGGCUGUUCGCGCUCGACCCCAAGCGGUCUACCGGUAUUCCCAUGAACCCGCAAUUCCGCAACCCACCCCCAGGAGGCCUGGACCCCAACACCUACGACGACCCCGUCACCGUUCCCGCCGCCGAUCUUGCAGAAAACCCUUACUGGAAGCGUGACGUACGACGACGAUACCCGCGGCUCUCGACCAUCACUCAGGCGGAUGCGGUAGCGCUAUUGGAGGUUGGAAGCGCGGCAGCGCCCAAGCAGGACCUGAUUGGAGAGGCAGGUUCGAAGCAAUUGGUCGCCGCACAGGAACAAGGUAGCAAAGGUCUGGCAGUAGCUUUUGAGAGGAACACCGGAUUGGCAAAGGAUAUCUUGGGCCCUGGAGGUUUGCCGCCUAUGCCGCCUGCGCUGCACACCACGAAGGCUGCGGGCCAGAAGCAAUACAAUUUGGAGCCGGAGCAAUCAUACCCUGAUACCUACCCUUGCCGGGUAUUUUCCUAA